GCCAUAUAGAAGCUUGGGGGGGGGCGGUGAGGGAGGUCAACCGUAGCCUCUUCUCCUUUACCAAGAUGGCGACUUGUCCCUGUUUCUCCACAGUUCCUACCUUAUGAGCUUGGUUUUCUAACGCUGGUAAGAGUGGAACAGCCAAAGCUGGCAGGCUAGCAGAGGCAGCCUCAGGACGGACUUUCUGGCUACUGACCUCUUCGCUGGGGCUCACCCGGAUUGUGUGUAGGCACGAGACCAACCAUGAGCUCCGUUGCAGUUUUGACCCAGGAGAGCUUCGCUGAACACCGCAGUGGGCUGGUUCCACAACAGAUCAAAGUUGCCACUUUAAGUUCAGAAGAGGAGAGCGACCCUCCAACCUACAAGGAUGCCUUCCCUCCACUCCCCGAGAAAGCAGCUUGUUUGGAAAACACCCAGGAACCCGCUGGCGCCUGGAGUAACAAGAUCCGGCCCAUCAAGGCUUCCAUCAUCACUCAGGUGUUCCAUGUACCCCUGGAGGAGAGAAAAUACAAGGACAUGAACCAGUUUGGAGAAGGUGAACAGGCGAAAAUCUGUCUCGAGAUCAUGCAGAGGACUGGUGCUCACCUGGAGCUGUCUCUCGCCAAAGACCAAGGCCUCUCCAUCAUGGUCUCUGGGAAGCUGGAUGCUGUCAUGAAAGCCCGGAAGGACAUUGUCGCCCGGCUGCAGACUCAGGCCUCAGCAACUGUUGCCAUUCCCAAAGAACACCAUCGCUUUGUUAUUGGCAAAAAUGGAGAGAAACUGCAAGACUUGGAGCUAAAAACUGCAACCAAAAUCCAGAUCCCGCGCCCAGAUGAUGCCAGCAAUCAGAUCCGGAUCACUGGCACCAAAGAGGGCAUCGAGAAAGCUCGCCACGAGGUCCUGCUCAUCUCUGCAGAGCAGGACAAACGUGCCGUGGAGAGGCUCGAGGUGGAGAAGGCAUUCCACCCCUUCAUCGCGGGGCCUUACAAUCGACUUGUCGGUGAGAUCAUGCAGGAAACAGGGACGCGCAUCAACAUCCCACCGCCCAGCGUCAACCGGACAGAAAUCGUCUUCACUGGAGAGAAGGAGCAGCUGGCUCAGGCUGUGGCUCGCAUCAAGAAGAUCUAUGAGGAGAAGAAAAAGAAGACCACAACCAUCGCGGUGGAGGUGAAGAAAUCCCAGCACAAAUAUGUCAUCGGGCCCAAAGGCAACUCCCUGCAGGAGAUCCUGGAAAGAACCGGGGUCUCCGUGGAGAUGCCGCCCUCAGACAGCAUCUCCGAGACGGUGAUUCUCCGAGGGGAGCCCGAAAAGCUAGGGCAGGCCCUGACAGAGGUCUACGCCAAGGCCAACAGCUUCGCGGUCUCCUCUGUCUCUGCUCCUUCCUGGCUUCACCGUUUCAUCAUCGGCAAGAAAGGGCAGAACCUGGCCAGAAUCACCCAGCAGAUGCCAAAGGUUCACAUCGAGUUCACAGAGGGCGAGGACAGGAUCACCCUGGAGGGCCCCACGGAGGAUGUCAGCGUGGCCCAGGAACAGAUCGAAGCCAUGGUCAAGGACUUGAUUAACCGGAUGGACUAUGUGGAGAUCAACAUCGACCACAAGUUCCACAGGCACCUCAUCGGGAAGAGCGGAGCCAACAUAAACAGAAUCAAAGACCAGUACAAGGUGUCCGUGCGCAUCCCUCCUGACAGCGAGAAGAGCAGCCUGGUCCGCAUCGAGGGGGACCCGCAGGGCGUGCAGCAGGCCAAGCGGGAGCUGCUGGAGCUGGCCUCUCGCAUGGAAAAUGAGCGUACCAAGGAUCUAAUCAUUGAGCAAAGAUUUCAUCGCACAAUCAUUGGGCAGAAGGGUGAACGGAUCCGUGAAAUCCGCGACAAAUUCCCAGAGGUUAUCAUCAACUUUCCAGACCCAGCACAAAAAAGUGAUAUUGUCCAACUCAGAGGGCCGAAGAAUGAGGUGGAAAAAUGCACAAAAUACAUGCAGAAGAUGGUGGCAGAUCUGGUGGAAAACAGCUACUCGAUUUCUGUCCCGAUCUUCAAACAGUUCCACAAGAACAUCAUUGGGAAAGGAGGUGCAAAUAUUAAAAAGAUUCGGGAAGAGAGCAACACCAAGAUCGACCUUCCAGCAGAGAACAGCAAUUCAGAGACCAUUGUCAUCACCGGCAAGCGGGCCAACUGUGAGGCUGCCCGGAGCCGCAUUCUGUCCAUCCAGAAAGACCUGGCCAACAUAGCUGAGGUGGAGGUCUGCAUCCCCGCCCGCCUGCACAACUCCCUCAUCGGCACCAAGGGCCGCCUGAUCCGCUCGGUCAUGGAGGAGUGUGGCGGGGUCCACAUCCACUUCCCCGUGGAAGGCUCGGGGAGCGACACCGUCAUCAUCAGGGGUCCUUCCUCAGACGUGGAGAAGGCCAAGAAACAGCUUCUGCACCUGGCGGAGGAGAAGCAAACCAGAAGUUUCACUGUUGACAUCCGCGCCAAGCCAGAGUACCACAAGUUCCUCAUCGGCAAGGGGGGUGGGAAAAUCCGCAAAGUGCGCGACAGCACCGGAGCCCGCAUCAUCUUCCCCACGGCCGAGGACAAGGACCAGGACCUCAUCACAAUCAUAGGAAAGGAGGACGCCGUCAGGGAGGCACAGAAGGAGCUGGAGGCGCUGAUCCAGAACUUGGACAACGUGGUUGAGGACUGCAUGCUCGUGGACCCCAGGCACCACCGUCAUUUUGUCAUCCGGAGAGGCCAGGUCUUGCGGGAAAUCGCGGAGGAGUAUGGUGGGGUGAUGGUGAGCUUCCCACGCUCCGGCUCACAGAGUGACAGAGUCACCCUCAAGGGUGCCAAGGACUGCGUGGAAGCAGCCAAGAAGCGCAUCCAGGAGAUCAUUGAGGACCUGGAAGCCCAGGUGACCAUGGAGUGUGCUAUACCCCAGAAAUUCCAUCGAUCUGUCAUGGGCCCCAAAGGUUCCAGAAUCCAGCAGAUUACUCGAGACUAUAAUGUUCAAAUUAAAUUCCCAGACAGAGAGGAGAACCCAGGCCUUGUCCUCCUCCUCCCCCACCCAGCUCGUGGAAGGCGAGCUGCAAUUCACAGCGUGGAGCCACCUGUCCAGGAGAAUGGCGAUGAUGCCGGGGAGGCACGAGACACCAGGGAGGCUGACCCCGGCUCCCCACGGCGCUGUGACAUCAUCAUCAUCUCUGGCCGGAAGGAAAAGUGUGAGGCUGCCAAGGAGGCCUUGGAGGCGCUGGUCCCCGUCACCAUCGAGGUGGAGGUGCCCUUUGACCUUCACCGGUACAUCAUCGGGCAGAAGGGAAGCGGGAUCCGCAGGAUGAUGGACGAGUUUGAGGUGAAUAUCCACGUGCCAGCCCCUGAGCUGCAGUCUGGCACCAUCGCCAUCACCGGCCUCACCGCCCACUUGGACCGCGCCAAGGCCGGGCUCCUGGAGCGUGUGAGGGAGCUGCAGGCAGAGCAGGAGGACCGCGCCUUACGGAGUUUUAAGCUGAGUGUCACUGUAGAUCCCAAAUACCAUCCCAAGAUUAUUGGGAGGAAGGGGGCCGUGAUCACCCAGAUACGCUUGGAGCAUGACGUGAACAUCCAGUUUCCUGAUAAGGAUGAUGGGAGCCAGCCCCAGGACCAAAUUACCAUCACAGGGUAUGAAAAGAAUACCGAAGCUGCUCGGGAUGCUAUACUGAAAAUUGUGGGUGAGCUCGAGCAGAUGGUUUCUGAGGAUGUCCCACUGGACCACCGUGUUCAUGCCCGUAUCAUUGGUGCCCGUGGCAAAGCUAUCCGCAAAAUCAUGGACGAGUUCAAGGUGGACAUUCGUUUCCCGCAGAGCGGGGCCCUAGACCCCAAUUGUGUCACUGUGACAGGGCUCCCGGAGAAUGUGGAGGAGGCCAUCGACCAUAUCCUCAACCUGGAGGAAGAAUAUCUGGCUGAUGUGGUGGACAGUGAGGCGCUGCAGGUGCACAUGAAGCCGCCGGUGCGCGAGGAGCCCAAGGCACCGUCAAAGGGCUUCGUAGUGCGGGACGCUCCCUGGACCGCUGGCAACGAGAAGGCUCCUGACAUGAGCAGCUCUGAGGAAUUCCCCAGCUUUGGGGCUCAGGUGGCCCCUAAGACCCUCCCUUGGGGUCCCAAACGAUAAUGAUAAAAAAGCAGAAACCUCUCCAGCCAGCUGACCUGAAGUCACCACACAAUGGUUUGUCAAUCCGACCCGGCGGCUGGACCCUCCAUAAAUCGUUGACACCCUGCCCCUGAGGUCUCGCAGUGAAACCGGGCGCCAGCCCCCAGCGUGCUCAGGACCUGCCCCUGGCUCCUGUUCCCGGGACGGUUCUCCGCUGUUGUGAACACUACCAGAGGUAACUGGACAUUCGCCAUAAGCUUCCUGGCCCACCCAGCAUGUCAGUAAGGCUGGGGCCUCCACUCUGAGAGCUCCACGGCUGUGCCCGAGUCUCUUCCUGUGUCAUGACCUCAGGAAAUAAAUUUCCUUGACUUUAUAAAAGCCAAAA